AUGCGCUCGGGGCCAGCGGCUACUCCGAGCUCGCCCUGCCGGGGACGAAACCGGCUCGGUGCCUGCACACCUCCCGCCGCCCCAGCUGUCCGGAGAGAGCCGCCUCAGCAGGGGCGACCAACCUUUGUCGGCGGAAGCCGCCAGAGGCGAGGGCGCCGGGGCUCGUUCGCCGCGCCUUUCGUUCUCAAGGGACCGGCGGGGCGGUGCUUUGCCUCGGUCGGGUUCACCCUCGGAGUCCUUUUCUCGUCGACUCGGCGAUCCAAGGAGUACGAGCACGUGCGCCGCGACUUGGAUCCCAACGAGGUGUGGGAGAUCGUCGGAGAGCUGGGCGACGGCGCCUUCGGCAAGGUGUACAAGGCCAAAAACAAAGAGACAGGUGCUUUAGCUGCUGCCAAAGUCAUUGAGACCAAGAAUGAAGAUGAACUGGAGGACUACAUGGUGGAAAUCGAAAUCCUUGCAACUUGUGAUCACCCCUACAUUGUUAAGCUGCUAGGAGCCUUUUAUUAUGACAGCAAACUAUGGAUAAUGAUCGAGUUCUGCCCUGGUGGAGCAGUAGAUGCCACUAUGUUAGAGCUGGAUCGAGGCUUGACUGAACCGCAGAUCCAAGUUGUCUGCCGCCAGAUGCUCGAGGCCCUGAACUACCUCCACAGCAAGAAGAUUAUCCAUCGGGACCUGAAGGCAGGCAAUGUAUUGCUAACCCUGGAUGGAGACAUCAAACUUGCUGAUUUUGGAGUGUCUGCCAAAAACAUGAGGACGUUACAAAGACGAGAUUCUUUCAUCGGCACACCAUAUUGGAUGGCUCCUGAAGUGGUGAUGUGUGAGACCAUGAAAGACACCCCCUAUGAUUACAAGGCUGAUAUCUGGUCCUUGGGCAUAACACUGAUAGAAAUGGCCCAGAUAGAGCCCCCUCAUCAUGAACUCAAUCCUAUGAGAGUCCUGCUGAAAAUAGCGAAAUCGGACCCACCCACUCUUAGCAAUCCCUCCAAAUGGUCUCUAGAAUUUAGGGACUUCCUGAAGACUGCCCUUGACAAGAACCCUGAGACGCGGCCCAGUGCAGCUCAGUUACUGGAGCAUUCCUUUGUCAGCAAGGUCACUAGUAACAGAGCCCUGCGAGAGCUUGUGGCAGAGGCGAAGGCAGAAGUGAUGGAGGAAAUUGAAGACAAUAGAGAGGAAGCCGAUGAGGAUGACUCACCAGAUUCUGCAUCUCAUCAUGACAUUCACAAGAGGGACUCUUCUGUUGCAAGCCAACUAAGUUUGGAAGGAGAGAAGUCUCCACAAAGCCCCUUGUCACUUGUGGCCAAUGGACCCGUGUUGCCUUUAGGGCAGGCCAAAGAAACCACAAAUGGGCAGGGUGAAAAGCUUUCUGACAAAGGGAUUAGGGAUGAAGAAAAACUGGCAAAAACCUGCAGUAGUUCAAAUUUCCCUGAGUCAAAGGAUUGCAUAGGUCUAUCAAGCACCAGAGGACAUUUGGGUGAGAGCCCUCAGUUGCUAUCACCCAAUGGAACCAUAAACACUCGAGAGAGCAAAGACCUGAACCUCCACCAAAAUAAAGAUGUGGAACCAGCAAGCAGAGACGAUUCUAACAUGGAGAGCUGGCCAGUGAGCAGCCUCCUUGAAACACCUACGGAAGAAAAAUUGCCCAAUGGGAGCCUGAGCUCUUCCUCUCCUUUUGAAAAUGACAGCUCAAAGAGAGACUCGGAUUCUGGUAGCACCUCUGCUUCGGAGAGCAUAGACCUCAAUAUCUCCUCGCCUGCUGACCUGUCCCUGAACAGAGGCAGCGGGUCCAUCUCCUUAAAGGAUGCGAAAAUGCAGAAGAUGACACUGAAACGGACAAGAAGAUUUGUAGUAGAUGGAGUGGAAGUGAGUGUCACCACUUCAAAAAUCAUCAGUGAGGAUGAAAAAAAAGAUGAAGAGAUGAGAUUUCUCAGGCGCCAGGAACUGCGAGAGUUGCGUCUCCUUCAGAAGGAGGAGCACAGGAACCAGGCCCAACUGACCAUAAAGCACCAGCUGCAGCUAGAUCAAAUGCUGAAGCGCUUUGAGCAAGAAAUGAAUACAAAGAAGAAAUUCUAUGAUACAGAACUAGAAAACCUAGAACGUCAGCAGAAGCAGCACAUUGAAAAGAUGGAGCAAGAUCAUGCCUUGCGUCGCCGUGAAGAGACAAAGCGUAUUCGGGCUGAGCAGGAACGGGAUCUUGUUAAAUUUCAAGAACAGAUGAAACAAAAGAAGAAGGAGCUCAAGAGUGAGAUUGAGAAGCUCCCACGACAACAGCGGAAAGGGACCAUGAAGGUGAAGAUGGAGGACUUUGCACAAAAGAAGCAAGUCAUGGAGCAGGAGUUUAUUACCAAGCAGGCGGAGGAUAUGGAGCAGGCCAUAAAGAAUAUCACAGCCCAGAAUCGGAAGGAGAUCUGCGAUAAGGAGCGGGAGUGCCUCAACAAAAAACAGCAGCUUAUGAGAGACCGAGAAGCCACUAUCUGGGAUCUAGAAGAGCACCACCUACAGGAGAAACAUCAACUUAUUAAACAGCAGCUGAAAGAUCAAUAUUUUCUCCAGAGACAUGAGCUAGUCCGAAAACAUGAGAAGGAACGUGAACAAAUGCAACGAUACAACCAACGGAUGGUGGAACAGCUGAAAAUACGGCAGCAACAAGAGAAAAAUCGUCUCCCAAAAAUCCAGAGGAGUGAAGGAAAGACACGCAUGGCCAUGUAUAAGAAGAGUCUCCAUAUCAACUCCAGUGGAAGUGCCUCAGAACAGAGAGAGAAGAUAAAGCAGUUUGCACAGCAGGAGGAAAAGAGGCAGAAAGCUGAACGACUACAGCAGCAGCAGAAGCAUGAAAUGCAGAUGAAGGAUAUGAUAGCUCAGUGUGAGAGCAACAUGAAUGAGCUCCAGCAAUUACAGAAUGAGAAGUGCCAUCUCCUCGUGGAACAUGAGACCCAGAAGCUGAAAGCACUGGAUGAAAAUCACAAUCUGAAUUUGAAGGAUUGGCGGGAUAAACUGAGGCCACGAAAAAAGGCCUUGGAAGAUGAACUAAACCAGAGGAAGCGAGAGCAAGAGAUGUUUUUCAAACUCAACGAGGAGCCUGAUAGUCAGUCUCCAGCAUCCCCAAACAAGCAUUCCAAAUUUGUCCCCUUCAGCUCUGCAGAGACCUCAUAACUCUUGAGAUUAGUGGGCAGGGCUUGCUUGUAAUAUACCUGCCUUUAUGUGGCGGAAGAAAGACAGCACAGGACUUCCAGGGUUCCCUUUCCUUCGGUAACAGUUUUGAUCUGCAUAUCCUGUUCAGAGAUGACUGGCAUGAUAGGAGGUCAAGUGUGCUGUGCUCGAGAUGAGACUGAUUGAUACUAAGUUGGCCCUGGCAGGUGCUAACUAAUUGCACUAGGAGAGCUGUGACUGAGCUUGAAGUUGGAGGCUUAUCGGCAGCAUUCAUGCUGUUUGCUUGGCCGUGCGGUCACUUUCUCUUUUUUAUUCGUGUGGAACAGAUAAGCCUUAGGAAGUGAACAAAUACUCACUGGCUGUUAAGUGCUGUUAAACAUGCCUGUUUCAAACUCACCUCUUAGGACCAGCUGAGUCCGUGGUUUCGUUUAACAUCACGAUCUUUGCCUCACUGGUUGAAUUGGCCACUUCAAAGGGCAAGAGGCUGAACUGUGACAGUCGUACCAAAGACAUUGGAAAAAUUACUUGCCUUUUUUAAAAAAAAAUGUGCAUCUGUCUCUAUCAAUGACGCCAAGGACAACUUGUCCUCCUUCCCCUCGAAACUCAUCCAUUCCUCAUCUGCUUUUGAACGGGGCCCCAGCAUUUGUCAUGGUCACUUUGGACACAACUCUCCUGGUGUGGGGUAAAGAGGUACCAAAACACUGCCGUGAAUGUUUUCCUUCAAAACCAAUCCUGAGCAAAACGCUGACAAAUGAAGCAGAGGCUUGUAGUCCAGCUUGGAGCAACGGAUUUUCCCCCACUGCCAAGGCUGCGCAUGCUUAGGGACUGUAGAUAUUGCUGUCCAUGUUGAAGAUGUUUUGGAUUAACACACUUGCACCAAAGAAAUGAUUUUAAACGAAUAAGUCCUGCACACAGAUCAGAUCUGAAAGGGAUGGGGAAGAGCAACAUCCAACCAACUAAGGAGUAGCUUCCUAUUUUUGCUUGUUGUGAAGAAUUGCCAAGAUGAGUGAUAGGUGCUGAUAUUCUCUUGCAGGCAUGGCUUGGCACUCUGGAAAAAAGGGAGCAUCCUGACCCUUCUCUGCUCCUCACAGCAAUCUGAUACGGAUUGUAUUCCUUUUCAGUUGUGGUUCACUGAGUUUCUUUUUCCUGUGGUGAUGGGCAGAGUGAGUUUGUGAGCUCCUUUCCUCUCCCAGUAGGAUAAUCUUGGGAAGGACUUUACUCAGGUCAUGGCAAGAGCAAAUGAUUAUUCUUUUAAUAAACUCAGUAACAAAAAAGGAGGAACAAAUGUCUUAUGCAGCAAGUUUGCCGCUGGCCUUUCGUUUUGUAUCAGCUCAUGAAUGUAACUCCCAUAGUAAAGCAAAGACCAUCUUUUGGAGGUUUUUCAUCCAUUGCUGAAGUAUUUGGUGUACUUUGAUCAGAAGACAAGGGUUUGAUAUGACAAUCAUUUUGUGGUAAUUUUAGUCAUGUUGUACAUCUUUUCUCUGAGUUUGCAGCAAGCUAGAAGGGCCUCCAUAAGAGGAGCCACAGAUAUUAGAAUAUUAGAUAGCAGCUAUUUGAAAUUGUGAAACUAUACAGUAUUUCCUACUCUUUAAGUUUAAGAAACGCUGUUUUUAACCAAAGAGGUGUGAUUUGUCCUACUCCCACUGAUUGAUUUAUUAAAAAUAUAUUUCAGAAGUAUUAAAAUAUAUUUCCACUUUAAUGGUUGCAUUUCCCUAUUAGUGAAUUAUAUAUUGGUGGUGUGAUGCUUUGGACAGGGCAAUCCAUGCAACCUGGGCAACUAGCCAUUUGCAGCCAAUGUUUCAUUUGGGAAUUCACUCAGAUGUAAAAGCGAGCACAAGUCCCCACUGUGCCCUUUAAAGCACUACGGUGCACACUUGGCCCCCAUGUUCCUUUGAUAUGCACAACUCAGGAUCUUUCCAGCAAUAGUUUAUUGGCCCUCUGUAGGAAAUAAUACAUUUGUUUUUCCUUCUUGUGUCAUCUCCCUAUGAAGCAAUGUUGUUGAUGACAUCUGCAUAGUUACGUUACCAAAAUGAAAAUUGAACUCAUGAGUAAUCUCAUAUUGAAGUCUCAUGAUAAUGCUGAAUAGAGACCAAGAAUCUAUUACAAGUAUAAGAGCCAGAAUCUGAUUGAAAGGUCUGUUUAAGGGACUAUCAGAUUUACGUUCCAUAAAAAUAUACACCCAGGAAGCACUUCAGAAAUGGACAUGGGAGUAGACGUUUGUGUCUGCAAAGGAUGCAGCCUCCUGUGACAACCAGAUUUCUGUAGAAUUCUGGCCACUAGGCUUCUUUUCUGUGCUCUGCAUGCCUAGAGAGGUGUGUGUCGCUCUUCCCUUUUCUGUCAUCUUGAUAUAACUGGAAGGCAGAGUGUCCGCAGCAGAGAAGUCUCUGUGUGCAAGUAAGUACCAUAGAAGAUCACGGCUUGUGCUUCCAUGUGGAGUCUACUCGUAAACAGGAAUGUCUCUGCCAUAGGCAUGUUGCUUUCCAUAUGAAGAAAGUGACAGGGGACAUGCCAGGAGUUCCUCUGUAAGCAUGGUGAGUGGAUCCAUGGAGAUAAGAGUACUCCUUAUCCUGGCUGGGGAAGACAUAAGCCAGAGUUCUGGUUCGGAUAUAACAGUAAACAAGCUAGGAACAAAAGGUCCAUGGCUCAUUUAGCCAGUCCUACCCAGAGGAGCCAAGUAGGUGCCAGACACACCAGCACAUUGCUUAAUCACCAUAAGCCAAGGUCACCAGUUACACCUGGAGCCUGGGCAUACUUUAAUAUGAGCACCAAACCAAUGGGUGUGUUAAGAAAAAUAUACUCAAGAACAAAGUUGAUAGAUUGUUGUGUUUUUUGAAUGUAAAGACAUGAGAAACUUUCUCAAAACAUAAGUAGUUUCUACUCCAGUUUUUUAUGUCCUUUUGAAGGAUACAUACAUACACACAUGUACAUGCAGUUCCAUCUUUCAGUCAAGAAAUUCAUUUGUAACGUGCCAACAGGCAUAAUAGACAUUCACAGUUUCAGUAUCUUUCUUGCUUUGCCAGACUUGUCUUGGUUGAUACUAAGAGGUGCUGUAACUUCACAGAAGUGCAAUAUAUUUACCUCAGUAUUUUCAAGGAAGCUUCUCCCUGUUUUCAAGGCAAGAAAGUGUCAGUUACUCCUUGCAAGUAACAUUUUCUAAUCUAAACAAUUUUUAAAAAAUCUUUUGGAACAAAAUUAUAUAUGUUUGGAUAUUACUGUUUUUAACAUGAGAGUAAAUAAAGUUUUUGAAAAUGAUGGCUCUAAAUGAUUUGUUCUCUUUGGGUAACCACUAUGAUAUAAACGAUAUAAGAAAAACAUGAGCACUGUGGAAGGCCCCUCCGCCACAUGUGUGCCCAACUCCUCUGUGUAACUUGUGUAUGGCUUUAGGUCAGCAGUGCUGGCUUGAUUUGUAUUUGUACAUAAACAAAGCUUAAGUGUAAUGAAAUGUGAUACUAGAAUCCUGUAUAUUGGAAUUUAAAGUCUCUCCAGAGCUUUCAGGCUCUGAACCAAACAGUUCUUAACAUAUUCACUGUUACAUUUGAGGCCAUCUGUACUGAACUGUGUUGAUAAUAAAUGAUUAAUUCUUGGUGAACAGC